AUGUCCACCACAGCUAGGCCAAAGGUCUUACUCUUUGAUAUCGGAGGUGUUUGCGUAGUAUCGCCAUUCCAAGCAAUUUUAGAUUACGAAAAAGCCCACAACAUUCCAACAGGCUACGUCAAUUUUAGCAUAUCAUUCAGUAAGCCAAACGGAGCAUGGCAGAAACUAGAGCGAGGUGAGAUACCGUUGGAUGAGAACUGGUUUGCAGCUUGGAAGAAGGACAUACAAAACCCAAAAGCGUGGGAGACUUUCCACAAAUCCAAGGUCGACCAGUCUAACUACAACUCUAUUCCACCAAUGCCUGAUGUCAAAGUAGAUGAGUUGUACUGGAUGAUGAUGGGCAUCAGUCGACAGCCGGAUCCGCACAUGGGACCAGCAUUGAGAAAGUUGAAAGAGACCGGUAGGUGGAAGCUAGCAGCUUUGAGCAACACCUCGAUCUUUCCUCCAGGUCAUCCAUUCAAUGAGCCUCGACCAGAUGACGUCCGAGACGUGUUCGAAGUUUUCAUCUCUUCAGCUCACGUAGGCAUGCGGAAACCUGACCGCAACAUAUAUGAGUUUACUAUGAAGAAGCUGAGCGAAAAGUGGCCAGAAGCAGAGAUUGAGCCCAAAGAUAUCGUGUUUUUUGAUGAUAUCGGAGAAAACCUGAAGAUGGGCAAGAGUUUUGGGUGGAGGACUGUGAAGGUAUGGCUGGGAAAGACUGACGAAACAGUGAAGGAGCUAGAAAGAAUUACUGGCGAGCAGCUUCUUGAAACAUCACGCGCCAAGCUGUAA